AUGGAGGAAUCAACCGUAACAUUUGCAGGGUCUUCUCAGAAAUCAACUCCAUAUAUUUCUAAAAUAGGUGAACAUGAAAAAACUCAAGGUUGUAUUACACCAUCAUCUUCCAGCUAUGGGGAUCCUGGUAUUUAUCACUUCACUACUAGUCGGAUUGAACAGGAAUCUAGAUUAACACCAUCGUACACCUCGGUGAACACAGCAUCUGGAAGCUAUGCGCGGAAACAUCCAAGGAGAUCAUUUGAUAUCGAAAGAGAAAAGUUCCCUUAUCAAAGCAGAAUACUUGAACAUCCAUCAAUCUGUCCGUAUGAAUUCUUGAAACAAGAAUCAUCCACGAGUACUGAUCCAACUACUUUCACUUCAAAAACCAUCUCACCUAUGGAGAGCAAAGGCAUAAAGUUGACCGUACCCUUUGUAGAACCAGAGAUGUACCCCAUAGAAACACAAAAAGAAUCACAUUUGCAAGAACAAAGUCAUACACAGUUCACCAUUUCACCUACACAAAAACCCCUUCAAAGACACUAUUCAGUUCCCGAAGGGCCGAUAUUUGAAAGGCCAGAUAUAUACCAUAUUUCACAUCCAAAAUCAGCCCCUUCUGAACAAGAUUAUAAUACACCAUACUCCAAAGAUUAUUUUGAUGUUUUUUCUGUCAGCCAAUCAUCCAGACCAUUAAGUACUGAAACGUUUACUAGUUACAUGGUGGAUUUUACCGCAGCUCCAUCUCUUUCUACUGAACCAGGACCGUCAACAUUGAUGUACAAAUCAUUUACUCCCUCCACCGCCACUGUACCUUCUAGUUCAACUAGACAAAGUGUUGUUGGGGAAUCUUUGGAAAAACGACGAUAUUGCUGUCCUGAAGUACAGUGCGGAAAACGAUUUGCUCGCCCAGAUGAACUUAAACGGCAUCAUAGAAUACACACUGGAACUAAACCUUUUAUGUGUAAGUACUGUCCACGUUCAUUUGGUCGUUCUGAUCAUCUAAGAACACAUACGCGUUCUCAUACUGGUGAACGCCCAUAUACAUGUGAAUCUUGUGGACGUAAAUUCGCUCGGUCUGACGAACGUACAAGGCAUAAAAAAGUUCACAGUUGUGGCCUAAUUAAGGAAAUUCACUCAGGUGAAAGCUCGUUUUCUAAUAAAACAACCCAGAUACCAUGUCCACAUGAACAGAUAGACACAUAUUCACAUGAACAGUUGUUAAGUACAUCAGUAAUUGAUACGUCAAUACAAAGUUCAUAUCUAAGCUCCGUUAUUUUUCAACCAUCUGUUUAUACACCGAUUCCAUGGCAAACCACUUCAAUUGAAUCUAAUCCCAUAAUGCCACAAUUCCAUGAUAUUUCAAUGGGAACUUUAUCUCCUACACCAAGUUGUCAACCAACACCAAUAUUAGGUCUACCAUAUUUGAACAUUACAUCAUCACAGCCUAUCAAUACUUUACCUGAAUGGAAAAUAUAUACAAUUACUCCACAAAUUAAUCCAGUUACAACAACGAAAAAGUCACGGCGGGUUCGCUUAUUGCAAGGAGUUCUCGAAGUUGGUUAUAGAUCCUAUCAGUCUGUAUCUGUUACUCAACUCAUGGAAUACUUGGCACCUCUUUCCUCAUCGUUGUUUGUAAUGCAAAAUGCCGAACACGUCAGCAUUAACGUGGAGAACAUUCAACGUUUAGUGGAAAUGGUAUGCGAGAAGUAUUGCCCAUUUGAUCUGAAGUCUUGGGUCAAUCAGGAACUAACUCCUAGUGUUGCUGACGAACGAUCAGUUGAAUGGAUAUUUGUUACUUCUUUACUCAAUUUUUCAUUUUGGAGUAAGAGUCAGGAUAGUUUUGAAGUGUCAUACUGCGAUAAAAUUUAUACGGGCUAUUGGGCCCUCUGUGCAGCAGUUAAUCGAGCUAUCGAGGAAGGAGUAGACUUGUUAAAUCCUAAAGUAUAUCAAAGUGUGACAGAGGAGCAAUUAAGAUACAUAUUUCGUUCGCAUACAGCUGAGCCUAUACCAUUAUUUGAUGAAAGAUUAAACGCUCUGAGAUGUGCUGGGAAAACUUUACUCGAGAAUUUCGAUGGGUCAUUUAAAAAUGCUCUAUUGUCGUGUGAAAAUUCUGCAGCAAAGCUCCUAAAGUUACUGUGUGAUUAUUUCCCUUCUUUCCGCGAUUAUAGUAUAUACAAAGGAAAACACGUGUCAUUCUUAAAACGUGCUCAGAUCUUGGUUGGUGAUUUGUGGUACUGUUUUGAGGGCAAAGGUUUGGGGUAUUUCCACGAUAUAGAUGAAAUUACUGCAUUUGCUGACUACAGAGUUCCACAGGUGUUAUAUUAUUUUGGUGCUAUAGAAUACAGUGAGGAUUUAACAAAAAGGAUACACAAUGGUGAAGAAAUUGCAAAUGGAAGCGAAUUAGAAGUUGAAAUUCGAGCAGCGACAAUAUUAGCUGUACAUAAUAUCGUCAAGUCCCUAAAUAGUAAAAAUAUUAGUUGCAAUUCAAUUGUGGUGGACAAUUUUCUUUGGAAUUAUCGACGUUCUCAUGCUGAUGAAAUUGAUGCCAAAAUUCCAAUGCAUAGGACACGUUGCAUAUACUACUGA